CCCGCCGGGAGCCGGCCCCGCGCGGCACCACAGCCCGCCCCCGAGAGACGCGAGGCGCGGCACGCGGACUCCCCCGCCGCGCGCGAGGGCAAGCGGCGGCUGCCCGCAAGGCACGGUGAGGUGCCGCUCCGCCUCGCCCGGACGGGAAGCGGCGGCAGCGCGGAAAGCCCGGCGGGCGGAGCGGCGGACGGGAGGCCAGCUCCUCGGAAAGCCCGGCGGGAGGCGGGGUGAGGGAGCCGUUGGGCGCGGACGGGAGGGCGGCUGCCCGCAAAGCCCGGCGCGCGGAUCGCGAGGUUGGCCCUAAGAUGGCUGUUGUGCGCGGGGCGCCGUUGCUGUAGCGCCGCGAGGAGCCGCCCGCCGCCUCGUCCGCCAUGGAGUGCCCGCACCUCGGCUCCAGCGUCUGCAUCGCACCCGACUCGGCCAAGUUCCCGCAGGGCUCGCCCUCCUCCUGGUGCUGCAGCGUGUGCCGGUCAAAUAAAAGUCCGUGGGUCUGUCUGACGUGCUCAAGUGUCCAUUGUGGAAGAUAUGUGAACGGCCAUGCAAAAAAGCAUUAUGAAGAUGCACAGAUUCCUAUCACCAAUCAUAAGAAAACAGAAAAACAAGAGAAAGUUCAGCAUACUGUGUGUAUGGAUUGCAGUAGUUACAGUACAUACUGUUAUCGCUGUGAUGAUUUUGUAGUCAAUGAUACCAAGCUGGGCCUGGUACAGAAGGUCAGAGAGCACCUACAGAACUUGGAGAAUUCAGCCUUUACAUCAGACAGACAUAGGAAAAGGAAACUAUUGGAAAACUCAUCUCUGAACAGCAAGUUAUUAAAAGUAAAUGGAAGCACCGCUGCCCUUUGUGCCACAGGCCUUCGGAACCUGGGGAAUACGUGUUUCAUGAAUGCAAUCCUUCAGUCGCUCAGUAACAUUCAACAGUUUUGCUGUUACUUCAAAGAGUUGCCUGCUGUGGAGCUGAGAAAUGGGAAGACGGCAGGCAGGCGAACUUACCAUACCAGGAGCCAGGGGGAUAACAAUGUUUCAUUGGUGGAAGAAUUCAGAAAGACACUCUGUGCUUUAUGGCAAGGAAGCCAGACUGCAUUUAGUCCAGAGUCUUUAUUUUACGUUGUUUGGAAAAUCAUGCCAAAUUUUAGGGGCUACCAGCAACAGGAUGCCCAUGAGUUCAUGCGUUACCUUUUGGACCAUCUACACCUGGAACUCCAGGGGGGCUUCAAUGGUGUUUCCCGUUCAGUAAUUUUGCAAGAAAAUUCUAGUCUGUCUGCAAGCAACAAGUGUUGCAUAAAUGGAGCGUCUACUGUUGUCACAGCAAUUUUUGGAGGCAUUCUUCAAAAUGAAGUUAACUGCCUAAUAUGUGGGACUGAAUCGAGAAAGUUUGACCCAUUCCUAGACCUUUCGCUAGAUAUUCCAAGUCAGUUCAGAAAUAAACGUACUAAAAAUCAAGAAAAUGGACCAAUGUGCACACUACGAGAUUGUCUUCGCAGUUUUACAGACCUGGAAGAACUUGAUGAGACAGAGCUGUAUAUGUGUCACAAAUGCAAAAAGAAACAGAAGUCCACCAAAAAAUUCUGGAUUCAGAAACUACCAAAGGUGCUAUGCUUACACUUGAAACGAUUUCACUGGACAGCGUAUCUGAGAAACAAGGUCGAUACAUAUGUUGAGUUUCCCUUACGAGGCCUAGACAUGAAAUGCUACUUGUUAGAGCCUGAGAACAGUGGCCCAGAAAGCUGCCUCUAUGACCUUGCGGCUGUUGUUGUGCAUCAUGGUUCAGGCGAAUGUCUGUAUUUUUACUGGUGGAAAUCAUCAGCAAUUUAUAAAUUUACAUGGAACUAAGCUGAAUUAACUUCAGACAAACCUGUACAGUUAUUCCUGUGAAUGCCCACUGCCAGUCUUUGGGGGUAAUGACCAGAAGAGUGAGACAAUGAAAAGAGUCUAGUUCAUCUAGGAAUGGAAAGCCCUAAACCAGCAGAGUGAAUCAAGGGGCCUUCCAAAGGUAAUGCCUCAUUUUGAAAUUCUUAAUACAAAGCAGAAACGUUUUUUCUCUUUCAUUCGCUUUGACAGGCACAUAUGCAUUUAUGCCAAAAGAGUGUGCACACGUGUUUGGAACAACUGAGUGAAUGGCAUACGUGUGGGUUAGGCAAUCGCUCUAUGGGUGUGAGCUGUGAAAGGAGCUUUCUUAAAGAAACUAAACCCUGUUAAUCAAAACUUUGCCGAUACCUGAAGUUAAUUCAAAGAUACAAAACAGAAGUUCUAUGCAGAGAGCCCCUCUUUGUGCUUUCUCUAUAGUAGGAAUAGUCCAGACUCUUUUAAAGAAAGAUUUGGCUACUAAAGGCAGCCCUUGUAGCACCACAGUGCCUCAAAAUUGUACGAAAACUACAUAGACAGCAAAGGAAACCUGGUCAUGAUUAGAAUGGAAUGAGAUGGUUGGAAAGGCCGAGCGUGUGUUAGAACAUGAAAACAAGCAAAGGCAGGCCUUAGCUUGGGAUGGCAGGGUAAUGAAAAUUGAUGGCUUUGUAGUUCUGGUAUGUCAGAUUCAAGAACUGGGGCUCCAAGAUGUGGAUCUGUUUAAGAUGAACUCAAAAAAUUUUCUUCUUGGUAUUGUGGGAUUACUUUUUGCUGUGAGCGCUUCUGAUUGGUCAUAUUUAGACUUUGUGAGCGUCUCUAGAUGUAAAUGGGGAAGGUUUUUGAAAAUGGAGCAUAGAGAAAUUUUUAUAGAUAAUGCUUGACUAACAACAGAUAAUGGACUUGAUUUUUAUGUAGGCAAACACGGAAGUUCAGUGUUGCACAAAAACUAUGGGCUGCUAAUAAGUUCAUAUUAGAAAAAACCUUUCAACUCAUCCCCAGUAAGUGAUUAUUUUACGUAACGUGAAGCUUGGAUUUGGAGAACUUUGAGCCCCACAGAUUAAGAAGGGAAGCAUCUUACCAGCUGUUGUGGAGGGCUCAGUUCCUUUCUUACUCUGGUUCCUGGAAGUCUCUUAGCCCCAAUAGAAGAUGCAUCAGAGAGUGAGGUGGUCUGUCUCCUUCUGAUUGUCCUUUCUUUCCCCGCCUCCUCCCUGCUGACAGCGUUGGCUCUGGACAUUACACCGCAUACGCAGCUCAUGAAGGCCGUUGGUUCCAUUUCAACGACAGUACUGUAACUUUGACGGACGAGGAGACUGUGGUAAAGGCCAAGGCCUACAUCCUCUUCUACGUGGAACGGCAAGCCA